AUGAUAGCUUCAAGGGGAAAACUGCUGAAGGUACCUGCGAAAGAGUAUCUACUAGAACCUGUUAAACUGAUCAUUAUUCCAGUUACUACCCAUAGGGUUUAUCUGUAUCAUAAACAUCGUGAAGACAUGUUGAGUAAAAGUUCAGUGGUAAUCAGAUUUGAAUCAUGGUUGAGUCGAAAGUCAGAAUCCAUGUGGAACAAGAUAGUACAAUCGCCGAGACCUACCAAUCAAAAAGUGGUUAAAAUGAUUAAUCGAUUAUUGGAUAAAACACCAUGGAUGGAAAACAGUUUAAAGACUCUACCCGGGGAGAAUCGUUUGGUUAAGAGAGUGAUAAGUCGAGAUGAACAAGGCAAGGAAAAAGUUGAGAACAUAGCCAUAAAGCAGUAUGUGAAAAAUAAAGAUAGGUUGGAAACUAAACCAUUACAUGCAUAUUAUCCAAGUGGUAUAAUUUCACCGGAACAACUAUCGUCAUCUCUGAAAUUCCUCUAUAAUAGGGGAUUAUUAUAUCAUUGGAGACAGACUCUUUGGUGUUUAUCUGGAUUGCCGCUUACACUGCCAAUAGUUCUAGUUCCAAUAAUUCCUAAUAUUCCUGGGUUUUAUCUUGCCUAUAGAGCUUAUUGUAAUUACAAGGCCUACAUGGGAGCACGACAUUUACAAAUGCUACAUAAAGAUGGGAAAUUGCAACUGAGAGAUGUAGAAGGUUAUUCUGAAAUGUUUGGUACUGAAAAGAAAUUGAAUUCAGACAAGGAACAACUUCUAAUGGACACAGAUCUCAUGGCAAGGAUCUUAGACCUCCUAGAGAUUCACGAGAUUGAACCGGAUUUAAAAAAAGUGAUUAGGCAGGAGAAAAAAAGACUAGGUCUUUGA